AUGAGCGCCAUAUUGACCGACCGCCAGGCCGAAGAGCUCCACAAGGCCAUAAUCGCAUACCUGGGAGUCAUCAACGCGCCCAAGACUGCUGCUGCGUUCCGGGAGGAGGUCAACUUUUCGGCCGCCUUCGACGAUGCCACGCGGAAAAAGUACGAGGGAUUGCUGGAGAAGAAGUGGACCAGCGUUGUUCGGCUACAGAAGAAGGUCCUCGAGCUUGAACAGCGCAACCAGAGUCUACAAAGCGAACUUGACUCCACAACGCCCACAUCGCUCCUCCGCAGGAACCAGGAUCCUUCCAGCUGGCUACCUCGAGCGCCAGCAAGGCACACUCUCCAGUCUCACCGGUCGCCCAUUACCUGCGUCGCAUUCCAUCCUGUCUUCUCCUCACUCGCGUCAGGGUCCGAAGAUACCACAAUCAAAAUCUGGGAUUGGGAACUGGGCGAGCUUGAACGGACGGUCAAGGGGCAUACCAAAGGCGUUUUGGACGUCGACUUUGGCGGACCAAGAGGAGGGACACUAUUGGCCUCGUGCUCGAGUGAUUUGACCAUCAAACUUUGGGACCCGUCCGACGAGUACAAGAACAUUCGCACACUACCCGGGCACGACCAUUCUGUCUCGGCCAUCCGAUUUGUACCCAGUGGUGCAGCUGGAUCGCCUUCUUCUGGUAACCUGCUCGUGUCUGCAUCCCGAGACAAGACGCUGCGCGUGUGGGACGUGACGACUGGAUAUUGUGUAAAGACAAUCCGAGGACAUGCAGAUUGGGUGCGAGACGUUUCACCAAGCUUCGAUGGACGAUGGUUGUUGUCAGCCGGAAACGAUCAGACUGCACGUCUGUGGGAUGCAAGCUCUGGAGAAGCCAAAUGCACGUUCCUCGGUCACGAACAUGUCAUUGAGUGCGUGACAAUAGCACCUCCCGUAUCCUACGCAAACCUAGCUUCGUUAGCUGGGCUGAAGAAACCACCGCCACUCAGUAGCUCUGCAGAGUUCGUUGCCACAGGAUCAAGAGACAAAACUAUCAAAAUAUGGGAUGGACGGGGUACGCUGAUAAAGACCCUGGCAGGCCACGACAACUGGGUUCGCGCACUGAUAUUCCAUCCUGGUGGCAAGUAUCUAUUAUCGGCCAGCGAUGACAAGACGAUACGAUGCUGGGAUCUUACACAGGAGGGUCGGUGUGUCAAGGUCGUCACGGAUGCACAUAGCCACUUUGUCAGCUGCAUGCGAUGGGCCCCUAACGUGGUCAAAGAUGCCCCUACUAAUGGAGACGCACCUAAUGGCACAACGGCAAAUGGGGCAAGCAAAAAGAAAGACGAAGAAUCUGCCAAAGCUGGUAUACGAUGUGUCAUUGCAACGGGCUGCGUGGAUCUGAACGUGCGCAUCUUCGCAUCUUAG